GUUUACGUAGCCCGCUGCAGAGCCACUUCGGCUUAACUGAUACGGUCACUUAGACACGGUUGGCGUGCGACGGAUGCGUACUGAACACUUCAACUGGAUUCUCAGCCUGCUUUGUCUGUUCACGACCUACCUUGUGUCCACUGACAAAGCCCAGUGGGAAUGUUUACAGAAACUACGAGCUGACGUGGUUUUUGUCAUGGAAUCUUCGGAGAGCAUUGAUCAGUUCUCUUAUGAAUUCUACUUAAAAGACUAUCUAAGUAGUAUGGUUAAGAAGUUGCGCAUUGGAGCUGACAACGUGCUGGUAUCCGUGGUGCUAUAUUCAGAUCGGGUCUUUCUAGCGAUCAAACCUGAGCUGACUUACACAUUACGCGAUCUGCUUAUGGCUAUCCGAAACUUACCCUAUCUCGGUGGUACGAGUUCAUUGGCAAUCAUGGAGCAAGCGAUUGUGACUACCUUAAUAGACGCUUUCCCGCCAAGGACAUCGAAUGCCGAUACGAAUACCACUCGGGUGUUGAUCCUGCUUACGGCAGGUCACUUAACCCAAUGGGGCAGCUGGAUGGUGUCCGCAAAUUCUUGGAAGGAUGCUCCGUUACCUGUGAUAUUCAGAUCAACUAGACGACUCAUCGGCUCUCGCAAGUUAGGGUCAAUAGAUGGCACAGAAAUCUCCGCGAAGUUAUCUCAGCUUAGAGUCUUGCAGGAUAAAAUGCGUGAAUUUGUGGACCACGUGUUUUGCAUCGGAUUGAAGGGAGUCGAUCCAAUUGUACCAAACACGCUAGUGAUUGCACAGGACCACGUUGUGCUUCUAGACGACUUGAAUGGAUAUGAAGGCCUGACACUGGACACUUUGGAUCCGACGCAGACACUGUGUCCAUCGGAUGCAAAGACCAAUCAAUGCAUGCAGUCGAAAAGCCAAACAGUGCUUCAAAAUUCAGCCACAGAGAGGACAAAUAGAUCAGUGAGUCCGGUGUCCAUACUCGACUCUCUGAUCCCACCGGAACUAGCACGUAACGCACAGCAGGGGUACAUGGUGCCCCAUCGAAACCUGUUUGAAAAUACGGUCAACGCUGACUUCUACGGACGGUGGUCAAAACGUCAGCGCCUGCGAAAGCGCCUAAGAACACUACUAGAGGUACUCCUUAGAGAAAAGUCAACGGUCGAGGAAGAUACCAAUGGCCGCAUUCAGAGUCAGACAGUUGCAAGUGGGUUCCCCAUUUCCGGUGUACACGGCCUCACAAACCAUCCACAACCGUGGCCGUUGUAUUCGGAAAACUUAUUCCAACCUUUCCGGCAUGAGCACUAUCGAUCCAUCGCACAAACACGGAGCCCACCCAUAGACUCAUCGGGGCUGGAUCAGAGAGCCAACUUAAUGCAACCCGGUGUGCACGAUACUCAGCAGGAGCAUCCCGUUUUGGGGCGCGCCUCUCUUAAGCCUAGACGGAACAAUAACGGGGAAGUGCAUGUCCUUUCUCAUAAAGAAGACCCUCUAGAGGAGGCCGUCGCUAAGGUGGGACCAUUUGCCGGUCGAAAGAUGGGCGUGGAUCACAUUUCUUCGCUUAACAAGCAAUGGAGUAAUCAGGAAACGCAAGUGACGACAACAACACCUGAUUUGACUGCCGUCCCUCAGUGCAAUGGCAGCAACCAUUCCGAAGAGAAGAAAGAAAAGUCUACGGCCAAAACCAGCCUAUCGUCAACGGCGCUGUUGGAAACAGACGCAGUGAAACGCAUGUCUAACGCAUGGGAAGACUCCGCACAACACGGUGGCGCAAUACUUAUGCUUUUGGUGCUGGCCAACUCUGGUCGCAGUUUCACAGCACUAUAUUCCACUGCGGAGACAACCAAUGAUGUUCGAACGAGUUUUUUCAAACACGCUGAACUUGACCAAUGGACCCUGGGAUCUUAUCAGCGCGUCAUGCUGGAGCUUCGAAAAUCAGGUCGACCGGUCGUUCGGUUAACUUUCAACGCAGAACAUGCGGAUAGAUAUACAUGGUUUAGAGAGUCACUGUUGAUCGAAUCUUAUCCUUGGCACGAGAUGGAGCUCUUGAGACACACCAUCUUCUUGAGAAGCAGGAACGAGCCGUUCUCUAUUGUGUACAACCCGGCUUCAGUGAGCAACCAGGAUGAGCUGAGCAUGGACCCGACGUGCCCAAAAUUGCGGGGAUAUCUUCUCAUUUUGGAUGCAGAUACAACGGUGUCUGCGUGUCCGUGGCUGCAUAAUAACGCAACCGGAAAAACAAGGAAGUUCCCCAUUUUCAUUUACACCCUGCCAACCAAACUCUGGUCGGGAGUAAUCCAAGAAGAGGACUCUGGUUUGCCACCAACGUUCGCCGAUAGCAAGAGUGUGGAUGUGGCGGAUGAACUGCGCAUCUACGCAAGCCCGUACAGCUUGAUGACUUCAAAGGACGGCCAAACGGUUGCAAAAGCAUAUCCGCUACUGUUCGCUUUAGACGUCAGUACAGGAAUUUCGUUUGCUAACCUGUGGCAUCAAAGAGUUACAAGUCCACCUGGUUACCAUCCGUUGAAGCACAGCCCUGAACUGAACGGAACUCAGGACACAAGCCCUCCGUGUCAAUGUUGGUAUCGGAGCAAAGCAGUGGAGAAUUGGCGGCACCCAACACACCGAAAGCACGGUUCCCCAAUGCCAGCAAUACUCGUCGGAUUUCAGCAAGUGCGCGUCCAGAUAUCCGACAGUGACGGAAACUUGAUUGCCCAGCUGAUAUUCGAUUCUCGAGGAUCCAGCGCGGAUACUUGGUUCUCACCAACGAGGUUGCGUUCCUCUUGGCCAUGGACGAUGCAAACGCUACUCGCCUGCACCUUUGUACAGUUUGGUAUGAUAAUCAAUCCGACGCAACCAAUUCGUCCUGCAAGUCACUGGCAGUCAGUUGGAUUGUGGAUCGGUGCGCUGAGUACGUCGCCAGUACCAGCUGAUUGUCUCAGUCUACUGCUCGUCAUGGAGAUGACCAACGCCUCUGUGCCGUCAUGUUUAUCCCCGGUCACGUGGGCAAGUGAGUCAGCAAGGACUAUGAUUAGGACCAGCAACACGCUCGCAAAAAUUGGUCAGAUGCAGUCGGGUCAGCAAAUUGCUAUCUGGUCACAGUGACAAACUAGAUCGAACAAUUCAGACAUUCCACUUAUUCUUGGUCUACAGUCAGUCACAAAAGCACCUGUAUUCCGGUUCCGGACUCCAUUUUCUCGUGUGCCACUCGCUUUGAUAAUGAAUGAUAUUUUGUUAGUCCCGGUCAACCGGAAGCCCUCCUGUUCGCUUGUUCUUAAGCAUAAUCAUCGACAUCACGUGGCAAUGGCAGUGCGUCAGAAAUCCCGGCUUGCAAAUUCGACAGGCAAUAGAGGAAUGGGGCGGUUGCACAAUAUUAGUUCAACAAAGUCAUCAGACCCCCCCCCCCCGAUCGGAUGGAAUUUCCGGGAUAAGGCCACUAGGUAAAUUCACUAGUGACGUUCGAGUAGUUGAAAAUGAAAAUGACAACCGCGACCGAACGAUAGUUACUGUCAUGCUAAAGGGAGCUGUUUCGACGCUACGUUUGUCAGUAGCAUAGCACCAAAAAUCUUUCAUCAUUAGCCUGUAUCCAUAGGAAGAGCGGCAUUGUCAGGGAUUACCUGUAAUAAUGCGUAUAUCUCUAGAUUGGGCAAGAGGCUGUCCCUGAAAUCGGGACAGAUCAUUCAUACAAUAAUGAUCAUGCUCUUGCAUGAGUGAGAUUUGUACUCUGGAGCGUAUGUGUCAUCAAAUGAUUCUAAAACGUAUGGCUUUUGUUGAUGCCGAGUUUCGUUGAACACUUUUCCUCACUUGUUAU